AAAUAGAUUGUGUGUCGUACGUUUAUUGUAUUCGCGUAUAUACCUACUAUUGAACAUAAAUUUAAAUGAAUUUUAAUUCGAGAUUGCAAUGCAAACGCUUUUGUAAAUUAACAGUUUUUUGAGAUUCCUACGGCUGGGGUUUUAGUUGACUGAUAAGAGUGAUAAGUAUGGAAGAAUUCAUUUUUUCUCCAAGCUGAUAAGAAUGAAACUGAUUUUUAUAUUUCAUUUAGAUAUUUUGUGCGUAUAAUGUGUAUUGUUUUCAGUGUUUGGUCCAUACAUUCAUAAUUAUGAGCGGUGAAACAACAAACAUUUUAUUUCAUAUUAUCUACCAAGAACAAGAAUGUACUUUAGAGCUAUUUAAAUAUGAUACUGUGGGAGAUUUAAAAAAUCAAAUAUUCAAACAUUUUGGAAUAGCGCCAUAUAAACAAAUAAUUGAAUGUUGGCAUAAAACUCCUGCGAAUGAUUUGAACACUCUCAUAAGUUGUUGUAUGGAAACAGACGUUAAUGUUUUAAUAGUUUAUAAUGUUGAACAUAACAAUAUUCCACAACAAGGAAUAACUAAACCAUUUAAAAUGGCCGAAAAUGAACCUGUAGAAGUUUUAGUAGACGAAAGACAAGCAAUAUUAAGUUUUGUUCAAUACUUUUUAACUAGCUUUUCUAACAGAGGCAUAACUUUCCAUAUAUGUUGUCUACAGGAAGCCUUUACUCAAGUUUUUCAAUCGAAACAAGUUUUACUUUUGUAUCUGCAUAAUAAAAACAACAGAUUUUCACAUUUUUUUUGCGAACAACUGCUUAGUCCUGAAGUUCAAAGGACACUAAGUAAUAAAUUCUUUUUACUAUGCUGGGACAUUGAAAAAAAUGAGUACAAAAAAACUCUAAUUGAAGUUCUACAAAUUCGAAAUGAGUUGAAAAGUUUUGAUCGUUUUAUUGAAAAGAAAAAGUCUGCUGCUAUUUUAAUAAUUCCCGGCAUAAAUUCGUUGCAAGUAUUAAGUGUUAUGAAAGAAAGUAUGUCACCGUUUAAUUUUUUGUCGACACUGCAACAAGCCCAAGAAAUACUUAUUAACAAUAAUGAAGUUGAAGAUAAUUUAAAUGAGAACCAAGGAUUUAAAUUUGGGUCUAAAGAAUAUCAACAGAUGAUGCUAGAUAUGCUUGGAGAUAGAGAUUACGAUAGUUUUGAUCAUUAUGAGUUAAAAUUUUUGGAAGAAAAAAUUGGUUAUGCUUUGUAUGGUCCUCCAGAAUCAGAAACAGGAUAUCCACAAGACAAACUUAAAAAAAUUGAUUUUUUGUUUAACGUAAUAAUGAAACAAAGCAAUUUAAUUACGAAAUGGAAAGAUCGCGUUAUCAUAUCUUUCGUCUACGUAUGCAUCGAGCCUCUUCCAGAAGAAAAACUAAACCGGGCCAAAAAAUUCGAUAAUUCCGAUUUGACUCCCUUUCCUCUUUUUAUUCUCAGAAAAUGCAAACGUAGUAAUAACCCUUGUCGGAUCAUUAUAGACGACACGGGACGUGUUUACAAUUCUUGGGAUGAGUAUCUUGCACAAAAUAAACUCCCCAAGUGUGAAAUUAUUUUCCCAAAAGAUGGACGGUAUAGAAGCGAUGAUAGCGGAAACGUGAUUUUAGGAAGACAACUAUCACCAGAAUGUGAUAUUACAAAUUCUAUUCUGAAAGGAACAGACAUUGCUAGUGCCGUGGGUGGAAUAGCUUCUGGAGGAGUGAUGAUUGCUGCUGCUUCAAUUUCUGCAGUAGCGGCCGCUCCUUUAGUCGUGCCGGUUGCAGGAGUAACAGGAGCUAUAAUAGGGGCCUAUUCACUUGGACGAAGUGCUCUUGGUCUUUAUGACCGGCAUAAACACAGACAGAGUUUGGAUUUUUUCGAGUCGUCUGAAGCCCGAGGAGCUUACAUUAAUAUCGUUGCGGGAGCUUUAGGUUUUGUUGGAGCUGGAGCCAACAUGGCUGUAUCUCAAUUGGCUGCACAAGGCGUUAAUAUUGGAAGAGGUGCUACUGCUACUGUUAAUACUAUCAAUAUUGUUAAUCUUGGAGUUGGCGGAGCUGGAAUUGCUAAUUCUAGUUAUGAAGUCAUAAGAAGCUGGAUAUGCGAAAAUGAAAAACCAUCACUUUUGACUAUAGUGCAAUUGAGUUCUUCUAUUCUUUUCUUUGGACAUGCUGUUUACAAUUAUAGGUCGGUUGGUGCGAUUAUUGAAGAAGCUCAAACUAACACGUUGAAAGAUUUUCGAGAUUCUUUAAGAAGUAACAGACACAGAAAAACGUUUAAUAAACUCUUAAAAGAAACUCUUCGUCAAAAUGAGGGAAACGUUCAAAAAAGUCAAGCUGAAGUAAUAUCAACGAUAAGAAAUAUUCAAAAUAAAGAUGAAGUGUUUGCUACUUUAACACGUGCUAACAGGGCAAUGAAUAGAAAUAAUGUUAGAUUUAGUGCACGUAAUGGAGAAAUUACGUUGAAUGGCGUGCCAGUAGACAUGAAAACAUUUGCAAACAUGGAGAAAAAUGAAGUUAUCACAUUUUUAACGACGCUGCCAAAUACACCAAACCCUACAACUGCCGAUAUCCGUAAUAUGGGUAUAAAUAUUCGUAACUCAUUUCCUGGUAUCAGCCCUUCCCAAGUAGCAUCAUUAGCUAUUAGUUUAGCUAAAAUUUUUGGUUCAUCAGAUUUAAGUAUCCAGGAAAAAAUUUUCAAUGCUGUGUCUGAACUGUUCAAAUACUUGUUGAGACAAGCUGGUUUAAUGGAAGAACUUGAUCGCAUAUUUUCCACCGUGGACAAAUACUUUCGCUUAUUUAAUAUGGUAAAUAAUUAUUUCCAGUCACUGAUAAACGAAGUCGAAGAAAAAUACCAAAGAUGGUUAAAUACGCGAGAUCCGCAUUUGGAAGAGCCUUACUUCGUUCGAUUAUCUCUAGAUGCUGCAAAAAGAGCAGCAGAAAUGUUUAAUUAUGUGUCUGAAACUUAUUUCACUCGAACUAAGCUUACCACGUUUGGACUAGAAAAAUUACUGGAAUAUUUUUUCACAUGGUUUACAAACCAAGUUUAUUUAUUUGAACAAAAGCAAGAAAGAAGAAAUCAAAGGCGAGAACAUAGUCAUAAACCUAGGCCAAGAAAGCUUUGUCCUGAUUGCGGGGGAUAUUUCUACCAAUUGUCGUAGAUUCAGCUAGUCCAUCAAGAACUACAGUCUCUUUAGAAUAAAGUUAUUAGUUACAAAAAAUAUUUAUUAUAAAUUGUGUUAUUACUUUUAUUUGUAAAUCUUAAGCGUGACUACAAAUAAUUUACUAUUUCAAUUUUAAAGCCAUGCUUUGUAUGUAGCCUCAAGUGUUUCGUUUAUAUACAGGGUAUUUCACGAGUGAUAAUGAGCCUGACCAAAUUUGAACUGCAACCAGUAAUACAUUUGCAUAUGCUUCAUGGAUUUUGAUUAUGAAUUUUAAAAUUAAUAAAACAUAGUUAUCGCUACUGACACAAAAAUUGACAAGACAGGAAACACAAUUUUUAAGGUUAUUUGUCUAUCUACCAUUGGAAAACACUUUAAUGAUUCACACCUUUUUGGAGCUUUUCUAUUCAGGAAACAUUGUCUUUGCAAAGGCAGAAGCAUUUUUCCCAAAUUCGCCAUAAAGGAGAAUCAUCUGUUUUCUCAUUGAUCGAAUGCAUUUUGACUUUUUGUUAAAUUUAAUGUCAGUUGUGACAAAUAAAAUUAUUGGAAGCAAAGCUAUCGUGGAUUCAUAAUCGGGUUUUCAAACAAUGCGAUAUCAAAAUAUCUACGUUAACUUUGCAAAUGUAUUGUAGGUUGUAUUUUCAAUUCCGUAAAGCUGAACAAAAACACGAUUAGCCCGUCACACCAAACUUUUAUUUUAAUAGAACAACGGGUUUCAACCACAAAGUGG